GUGCAGCAUUAUUUUGCAGCACACAUAUAGUAAAAUGCUGAUUUCAUGAGACUAAUUUGAGCACUUAUUUUCCAUUUCAACUAGAAUUAAUGAUGCAAGUCUCUUCAAUCUGCUUAGCAGCUAAGGUUCCUGUUCGCGUGAAGUCACUGCAAACAAACCCAGCAACCAUAAACGACCCUACUUCCAUAGCUGCUCCUAAGUGGUCUCAAAAGACAAUAACAUUGCCUCCCCUUAAACGUGGGUGUCAUCUAGUAACUUCUAAGAUUUUGAAAGAAGUUGGGCAAGAAUUGUCUGGAUUCAAGUGUGGCCUAGCCCAUCUCUUCUUGCAUCACACAAGUGCUUCUCUCACCAUCAAUGAAAAUUACGACUAUGAUGUUCGAGAUGACACAGAAACAUUCCUCAAUCAGAUAGUUCCAGAGGGCCCAUCUGCGCCAUGGAAGCACACUCUAGAGGGACCAGAUGACAUGCCGGCACACAUAAAAUCAUCGAUGUUUGGUUGUGCACUCACGAUACCGAUUACAAAUGGAAAGCUUAAUAUGGGGACCUGGCAGGGUAUAUGGCUUUGUGAGCAUCGAGAUUAUCCUACACCGCGUACGGUUGUGGUCACUCUUAAUGGAAUAUGAGCUGCUCAAGUAUAUUUGCUGCACUUCAUCUUCGUAUUAUCAAGAACACUUUUGUUCAAAAUGAAUGAAUAAUCUCUGUGUUGUAUAUAUAUUUUUCUUAGGUGAAGUUUGAGUACCUUGCUAUGAAUGCUACUGUGAAAUCUUUUGAUCAUUGUUCCUUUAAACGGAUAAUACAAACUCUUUCAUGUAACCAUUGAAGGAAUAAACUCAAUUUAUUGUAUCAUAUCGUUACUCU